CCUAUCUCACUCUCGCUUUUGCCACCUCCUACACUCCAGUACCUACCGCCCUGCCCUCUCUUGGCCUUUCCUUCCCGGGCCGAACGAAUCAACAACUUGAAGAUGACGGUAUCCCCAACACCCGAGGAGCUCCCUCAUCUCUGGCAGAAGCCAGUCUACGCCACGCUCCUCGAUGUCCUUCAGCGUCUCCGUCAAGAGCCUCGAAUCUGGGGGCUCAAGGAGUCUCGGGAAGAAAUCCUUAAGGCGCAAGCGGCUAGCAUGGCCGAGGUGGCCUUCAACCGGCAAGAGAUCAUCUCGUUCCUCUCAUCCAUUAUCAAGAGCGGCUUGCCAUGGCUUGACAGCGACGAACAGCGGGAGGACAUCUGGGAGGAGGCUAGUAGGCGGUUGUCGGAAAGGUGUGGUCGGACAGGUAUGUGCAAAGAGUUCGUAGAGGGAGAGGGGACUUUGGGUCGUCCCAGAGGGGCUGGAUAUGAAAGGUCUCAUCAAACGAUUGGAUGGUGUGAAUGAACGGUAGUAUUGAUGAUUUAUGGGGUUUUCCGCAUCUGUAGCAAUGGGCGAAAUCAUACGCCGAUGGCCCUUCCGGGAUGGGAAGAACGUGUCAUCUGAAUGCGGCAGCGACUUCGACCUAGCCAUUCGCGAGCCUCCCCUGACUGGCGAUUCCCUCGGCCUCAAAACCUGGGGAUCAUCGUACGUUCUCGCCCAGCUUCUCCCGCAGUUUGCGGCUGGUCCCUUGGCGCACCUCUUUCUAGGAGAGGAGCCUCUCGACGUACUGGAGCUCGGGUCUGGCACCGGCCUUCUGGGUAUAGCGGCCGCCUGUCUCUGGAAGGCCGACGUGACCCUGACCGACCUACCCGAUAUCAUCCCCAACCUCUCGCACAAUGCUGAGCUCAACCGGGAAACAGUGGAAGCGCGCGGGGGAAGAGUUGAGGCGGCUGCGUUGACCUGGGGUAGCGAUGACUAUGCGGGGGAAACUCAUCCGCGCUUUAGGGUGUCAAACCGCUACAAGCUCAUCAUUGUAGCGGAUCCCCUCUACGAUGACCAUCACCCGGAACUCCUCUCCUCCGCCAUCAAUACACAGCUCUCCCUUGAGAGUGACGCCAGAUUACUGGUCAUGGUGCCCCAGAGAGAUGAGACCACGAAGGGCUUGACCAAGUCUCUCCGUUGCAAACUGGAACAAGCAAGCAGUCCCCUGACGUUGGUCGAGGAUGCUAUCGCUUCUGGUGAGGACGAUUGGGGCGAGGGAGAGACGGAUGAGACUGAUCGUGUUGGGUUUUGGUGGGGAGUUUAUCGGCGAGAGAAGCCUUCUUGGUAACCAUCGGCUGCAUGCUAUAGUUGAGAGAGCGGCGCGGAUUGAGAAAGCUGACACCGCUGUGGGUGGUUUUUCAUCGGUUAUAAAGCUUAGAACAAGACCUAAUAAGCAUAUAGAUACUAGAUAUCUUAGUUAGACUGCUUAUAGACUCAAACAAUAUCACUUUCAAC